AUGGCGAGCAGCGGGACCCUCGCCUCCGGCCGACAGCCCCUGGGCGGCCGAGGAGCUCAAUUGGCCCUUGCGGGUGUGGAGAGGCCAGUGGACCUGACGAUGCCUCGGGCGUCUCGCCCAGCAGCAGCAGCAGCAGCAGCAGGAGGCUCUGCUGCUGCUGCGUCCGGCGCAGGCGCCCCAGCAGCAGCAGCAGCAGCAGCAGCAGCAGCAGCAGCAGCAGCAGCAGCAGCAGAGUCUUCAGCAGCAGCAAGAUCGCUGGGGGUGGGAGGUGGGGUUAGGGGAUAG